AUGGCCAAGAACAAGAUUACUCAGCCGGCUACGGCAUAUCCUUCACGAUCCGUUAAUCUCCUGGAGAGACUCCAUCAAACUGCCGAGCAUGCUAACGGUAAUGGCCAUUUUCCCGACCCUCAAGUCAAGCUUCAGAUCUUGAUUGUCGGUGCAGGACUUGGGGGCUUAGCCACUGCUGUUGCGCUUGCUCGCAAGGGCCACGAGGUUACGGUCUUGGAGCAGGCAGCUACCCUGGGUGAGGUUGGUGCAGGUAUCCAAAUCCCUUCGAAUUCUGGCAGAUUGCUACUGAAGUGGGGUCUCGGUCCAUAUAUCGAGCAAUAUGCCGUGAAGCCAGACAGCAUGACAUUUCGAAGAUGGGCGAACGGCGAUCCGAUUGCAUAUACAAGACUUUCCCCAGACUUUGAAGACAGAUACGGCGCACCUUAUUAUGUCAUACAUCGUGCAGACUUUCAUCGCGCCCUUUGUCGACGAGCAGAAGACCUUGGAGUAAAGAUUGUGACAGACAGCAGGGUCACCGACUACGACGAGUCAAUUCCUUCCGCAAAGACUUAUGAUGGCCGUGAAUAUCGUGCCGAUCUGGUCAUUGCGGCAGACGGCGUCAAGUCACAAGCUCGAUCAGUUGCUCUCGGUGGCUCAGACCUGCCACCGCAAAAGACUGGUUUUGCGGCUUAUCGCGCUACGGUAAACACAGAGGAGAUGAAGCAGGAUGAAGACACAGCCUGGUUACUCGAGAAGCCUGGGAUCAACAUCUGGUACGUGUGA